CAGAGAAAGUAAAGUUACAGCACAUUAUACUACCACCAACCACCAUAGCUGUCCUAUCUGUCCUGUCUGUCCUGUUUGUACCUACACUCUCAGAAUACAGCUCACUCACGGCUCUGGUUGAUACCAUUGUCACCAUUACACACUCCUAAAGACACUCAAUCCCCUCAUACAAUCAUCCCAUCUCAUCCAUCUCAUCCAUCUCAUCACCCACAGUACUACACUCUACCACUCUAUCACUCUACCACAGUACUACAAUCUGCCACUGUAUACCACACUCUACCACUCUACCACUACAUCCCACCACCACCACCAUAUCCCACACCAAGCAAGGGACAGCAAACCCCAGCAAGGGACAACAACAACACUUUCAUAUUUUACAUUUUACAAUUUCUCUAGCAUCAGGGACAAAAUAAUAUCCAUCCCCUGCCAACCAGCCACCACUGAACUGCACUGUACUAUACUACACUAAACUCUACUCUACUACUUUUUAUACUGCUACUGCACAAAACCCAAGAGGACAGUAAGUACGUACGAGGGUACGGGUUCCGGUACGGGUACACAGGUACACUGCAACGAGUAAGCAUUGCAAACUCUCUCUUUGGCUGCUGCUGCACUGGCAUCCACUCCACAAGAAACGAACAGCAGUGAACCGCGUACCACACACCUCUCCACCGCCGCUGCUGCCACGCCGCAGACGACGAUCUCACAGAUCCCGAUCUGCUCACCCUCACCUCACCUCACCUCACCUCACCUCACAACCUCACCUAACAAACACCUCCUCGACAAACCUCACAUAACCUCAAACCAACCCACGCGCCAAUCCCCCAGCGCACCACACACACAGCUCCUACACACCACGCGACAGACAGACAGACACACCCCACGCAUGCCCCGACACCAGCAUCCCCAUACCCAUACCUUACCACCAGCUCUGAGCUGGAGAUAAAGAGGCAGCUUGCGCCAUGGAGGCGCCUGAAGCUGCUGUUGCGGCGGGAGAAUACCCUGAUUCUGCGGGGGAGGAGGAGGCGUAUCCGUGUAAGGGAUGUGGAGAGAUUCUGGAAGAGGGGAAGGCUUUUGAACUUGCAAACAACAGAUGGCAUCUCGACUGCUUCCGCUGCAACCAAUGCCACACCCUCCUCGACUCCGACGCCAACCUGCUCCUCCUCGGCGACGGCUCCCUCAUCUGCAACAACUGCACCUACAGCUGCAGCGCCUGCGGCAACAAGAUCGAAGACCUCGCCAUCCUGACCGGCGACCAGGCCUUCUGCGCCACCUGCUUCCGCUGCCGCAACUGCAAGCGCAAGAUCGAGAACCUGCGCUAUGCCCGCACCUCACAGGGCAUAUUCUGCAUGAGCUGCCAUGAGUCGCUGAUGGCGCGUCGUCGUAAAAAAAGCAAACUCGCCGCCGCCGCGGCGAAAGCUAAAGAAAAAGAUAGCAUGCUCGUAGAUAAAUCCCUGCCGGCCCUUCCACCGAGUGAGAAGGCCGCUGCGGAGGCUGCCCAAUCGAGAGAGCCGCCCAUGAACCUGCACACCGAGCUCUCACCUCGUCCGCGCCCACAGUACCCGGACGAAGCGUCGAGAAGCAGCUCGCGCCGCGCCGAAUCACCCAGCGAUAUGGGACAUAGAGACGGCCUAACCCUCCCAACAACCACAUACCGCAACAACCGCCACUCGCAGGCCUCGGACAUGACCGCCGACGGCGACGGCUUCUUCAUCCCGCUCGCGCUCGACCCGAGCCCCGCGCCAACUCCGCGCCCAGCGCAGAAUAACAAGAAGGAGAAUGCCGCGGCGAAGGACAUGCUGAGCCCGUCGGCGAGAAGCACGAGGGGACAAGUCCCAAUGAGCCAGUCGACCCCGCACAUCGCGUUCCAGGAGAAGGGCCGCACGACAUCGAGCGAGUACUCCGAGUCCAGCAAGGAUGGCGGCGCGACCACGAGGAGACCACCACCUCGUCCGUCGGCGGGCAGCCGCACCACGUCUGCCACUGCGUCGCCGGCGCUCGGGGGCGAGGAGCCCAAGAGACAGCACCUCGCUAACUCUAUGAGUAAUGGGAAUGCGAAUGAGAAGGCGCAGUCGGCGCAGGAGAAGUUUAAGCUGCAGGAUGUGCCGAAGCGUAAGCGCUCGAAUGAGUCGAGGAAUAGUGGUAAGACGGAGGCGGUGGAGAAUCCACAGGCUAGACCGCUGGUGAAGAGAGAGAAUCUGUCGAGGACUGAGAGCGCGGAGUCCACGAGAGUGUCUCAGGAGAGACCGAGGGGAGGCGUAAACCAGUAUCUUGGUGCGGAGUCGGAGUCGAGACCUUCGACCGAUUCGGCCAUGUCUCCUCCUCCACGCGACCAGGCUAGGACUGAGCUGCCAACUGCCUCGAAGCCCAUCCCCAGAAAGGAGGUCGGAGGUAGUAAGUUGGGCAAGACGCAGCCACCAUCCUACGCCGCCUCCGACGCAAUGUCCUCCUCCGUCUCCUCCACCGACAGCACCGCCCUCUCCACCCCAACCGUAAACGGAAAAUCCAUCUCCAGCCCCGUCAUCAAGCCCUCCGAGGACUCCGGACCACGUCUCCCCAUCCGCCCUGCCCCGCCCCAGCAGAAGCCGAGCGACACCUACAUGGCCCCUCGCGCCCCUCCCAUCCCUCCCCCACCCUCCCAGCCCAAAUCAGGCAAACAAGCCAUCAACCCAAUAACCGGCGAGCCUAUCUCCCCCAAGCUCCCUAGAUGGAGCGCCGGCGGCGAUUUCACCAUGGACGAGGACAUGGCGCGUAUACUCGGCACAGACGAGCGUGCUGAGUCCCUCCUCAGACGCGUAUCCAACGCCGUCCGCCACGGUCGCACACCGAGCGACCACAGCGCACACCGCCACGGCGGCCACGGCCGCAGCAUCAGCGAGACGACGAGCCGCACCGCGACAUCCGGUCACUGGCCUAAAACCCCCAUCGCCGAAGACGGCAUCGUCGCGAGCCCGCAGUCCAUCUCCAUGGGUUCACCCCGCGCAGGGGGCGACGACUCCGCCAUUCUCCGUCGCCAACUGCGCAACUCCGAGCAGCGCGUCGCGGAGCUCGAGCGCGUUUUCGUGGCGAGCGGCGAGCUAAAGUCCGUCACUAAGCAGCUGGUUGAGAAGCGCAAGACUGUACAUGAGCUUGGUUCGCAGGCGGAGAUAAUGAUUCGUCAGAUCGAAGUGCUGGCUGGGUAUGUAGAGCGCGCUAAGCGCGCGGAGGGUAAGCAUGAGCUUGAUAUGGAGGAGAUGGAGGAGAGUGCCAUUAAAGAUUUCGUCCUGAGAAUCGAGCGCCUCAAGCAAUCCAUGUCCCGCGAAGUGGAAACCCUGUUCGAAGAGCGCGAGACCCUCUUCGAUGAGAAAGCCGCUGCUAUCAAGUCGCGCGACCGCGCACUGGCGGAGUUCGAACAGCUGUCCAUCAAGAACGCCCAGUUGGCGGAUCUGAAUAACGAUCUCACCACCCAGAUCCAGGAGCGUUUCCGCGCCCAGAGCGGGGCGGCUGCUGGUGUCGAGUCCCCCAAGCCCCCGAUGUCGAGUGGAGGCGCCUCAGCGAAUGGACUGGGGAUUUAUGGACACAGCAAGGAUAAACUCUCCCUCCCCACCCUCGAUGACGCAUCAUCCACCACCGCGGCAGCCACAUCCUACGCCCCCUCCCUGGCAACCGCGCACUCCUACCCCCACGUCCUCGACGCGGACGCUGCUCUCGAGCCCGCCACCGUCCUCUCCGCGCCCCACGUGGUCAAUAUCCGUAAAGCGCAAGCCAAGAAGUUUAACUGGAAGAAAGGCGGCGCCACAGUCGCCAAGGGCGUAAGCAAGGGUUUCAAGGGCGCGUUUGGAAGCGAGCGCGAGCGUAACGCUGCUGCUGCUGCUGGGGGCAUGGGGGAGAUCGGUAUGCCGUAUAACACGACCGUCACACCCGUUGAUUCGCCGAGCUUGAUGGCGCCGCCGCAGAACUCGCAACUUGGUGGUGGCGGUGGGUCGUUGCCGAAAUCCCAAUCGAGUGAUCCAAGAGGCUUUGGGCUGUUCAAGAAGUCCCACGCGAACUCGAAGUCCGCUGGUGGAGCGACAGCCUUGAACCCCGCGGCUGAAUCCCCCGCCACCCUCUUCGGCUCCGACCUCGUGGAGCGCGCAGCCUUCGAGCGCCGCCACAUCCCCUCCGUCGUGAUCCGCUGUAUCGAGGAGGUCGAGCUCCGCGGCAUGGAUGUAGAGGGUAUCUAUCGCAAGACUGGCGGGAGUGGGCUGGUGAAGGCGAUUCAGGAGGGGUUUGAGAAGGAGACGCCCGGGAUGGAGAUUGAUAUCAGUGAUCCGGAUGUGGAUAUUACGGCGGUGACGAGUGUGUUGAAGCAGUAUUUUAGGAAGUUGCCGGUGCCGCUUUUGACGUUUGAUGUUUAUGAGAGGGUGUUGGAGGCUUUGACAAUCCCCGAAUCCGACCCCACCGCCCGCUGCGCCCACCUCCGCCACACCUUCUCCCUCCUCCCCCCCAUCCACCGCGACGUCCUCGAAUUCCUCGUCUUCCACCUCGCCCGCGUCGUGUCCAAGGCGUCGGUCAACCUCAUGACGCCCAAGAACGUGGCUGUUGUUUUCGCGCCGACGAUCAUGAGGGAUCGAUCAGUGGAGAGGGAGAUGAGCGAUGUGGCACGCAGGAAUGAGGUCGUGCAGUUUGUGGUGGAGAAUAGUGAGGAGAUUUUUGGGGGGGAGUAGGAGGGUCCCGCCCGAGGCUGUUGAGAGUUUUGUCGAUGGAUUUCGUGUAUAUUUUGUUUGUGGGAGUUGAUAAAAUGGUUCUUCAUGCGCGCGCUUCUUUGUUUGUUUUGUUUGGUUGGCACGUCUUUAUUCCUGGAUCGAUUCGAUGCCCUAUUUUGCGUCUUUUUGCUUUCAUUGUCUGGUUGUCCGAGUCCCAUUUUCCUUUGGUGGUGGCUCUUUCUCUUACGAAGAUCGUUUCUUGAGAAGAUUUGUUUCUUUAAGAACGGAAGACCUGAUCUCGUGUUAGCUUGCUUUUUUCUUUUUUGAUAUCCCCGGAUUAGUUAUAGUUCUUCUCCUCUUCCAUCAUCGUUUUGCUGUUUCUUGUUUUUAUGGUGGUUACCGUCAUGGUUGUUGAUGUUGUUGAUAAGAAGAUGAAGAAAGGAAGAAGGAGGGUGGCCGAGGAGGUGGCUAAGUGAAUCCAGCGAAACGGAGGCUUUCAGAACCUAGCGGACGUCUCGUCUCGGCAACGGGGGGUGGGUGUAGACGUGUGUUGCCGCGGCGAUUUCGUUAGGCGUUUACGUUCACGUUUAUGUUGUCGUUGUUGCUCAUACGUACGUACGUACGGUUACCGCGCCGAUGAGCUAGGGGGGUAAACGUUUACACUUCCGUCUACGUCUACGUUACCGCGGCGAUAUCUUCGUUUACCGUGCGUGCGGUAUCGCAGUAUACGGCGAGCAUGAAGGAAGGGGAAGAGCGAGUCGGCACUGGCAACAGAUAUGAAGGAGGAGAAAGCCCGUGGAUGUUCGUUGUUGGAUGAUAUCACCACUUCCAGGCCUAGUUGGGGGUGAGUUCACUGUUGUUGGAAUUCUGUCUUGCCUCCAGGUCGAGAGAGAGAGGAUAGGGGCCGGGAAGAGCUGAAUUUUAUGGGAGACCUGGGGUGCUGGUUGUAUGUAUGUUAUGUUGCCCUGGCCAUUUUGUGGGGGGUGUAGAUAUGGGGGUGGUAAAUGGGGAUGAAUAAAUGGAAAGGGGUAUAUCAGAGAAAGGGGUUUUUAGGGGUGGUGACUUGUGAUUGUGUUGACUGUGACUGACAGUGGUUGAUUGUUGAUUGUUGUAGAGGUGAUUCGAGUGCGAGGUAUAAGAAGGAAAGUGUAGAGUAAACGUGAAGAUUGGCUUUUUUCAUAUGUGACAAUAAAGGGGAAGGGGAUAAAGGGCGUACACACUCCCACACCGAAGAUUAAGGGGUGUAUAUGAUAACAAGCUACAGUAUCUACGUCAACACACCCCCUAGCCCUUACUUAUACCCCCCCCCCCCGGUUCCUCAGGGAAUAGGAAAGAUUACAGCAAGACAAUCUUUAAUGGACACAUCCAAGAGUUAUGGGGUGGAGAAACCUGGUGUCGUGGCGCUGGGCGGUGGUGGUUCUUGUGCUGUGGGAGGGGAUGGUGGGUGGUUGUGACGGUGGGGAUGGAAUGGUGGUGAGAAUAGCAGGUAGUGAGAAUAGAAGUAGUGAUAAUAGCAGUUAGUGAGGAUAUACAAGCAACAAGAAACCUCAACAGUGAGAUGCCUACAACACUAUCCCUGCUUUCAACUGAGCGGCCUCAUCCCGCUUUCUAGAGAUCCUCCUGGAGAGAAGCAG